GCGACCGGCGAGUUCGGGUCGACGAUUUUCGGGUGCCGUUCACAGCGAAGCACGCGUCUCCGUGGGGCUCAAGCGGAAAAUUUGCUCGGAAACUUUUAUACCGUCACGGGGAAAGCCGAGCCUGCAAGGAAGAUACAUGUUGUCCCCGGCUGCGUGACUCGGCUUUGACAAGAAAAGGAGGAAGAAAAGAGAGUCCGCCGAUAUCGCAAAACCAUGACAUUCGAGGAGAAGAAGAAUAUUUGGUGAAAAAAGGUUGGCGGCUUUGGAGAUCGAGACGUCGUCCUUUGUACAGGUGUCGCCCUUGUUUGAGAGUUGCGUGGCCUUGGGCUUAGCCGGGCCCCGGAGCGGCGCCGUGGAGCUGCAGCCGCUCGUACGCGGCGUCGUGUCCGCCGUGGAUCACAUGCCCCAUAAAGCAUCGUGUAUGUGGCGCGCUGCUGGGCGCUUGUUUGCAUGCCCGUCCUAAGGCUGAGUUCCGUUGCCUGGGCCUGGUGCGGUCCUCCCGUAGGCCACAGCGGCAUCAACCAGCUGGGGGGCGUGUACGUGAACGGGCGUCCGCUGCCGGACUCCACGAGACAGAAGAUCGUGGAGCUGGCACACAGCGGCGCCCGGCCAUGCGACAUCUCACGCAUACUGCAAGUCUCCAACGGAUGCGUCUCCAAGAUUCUUGGAAGGUACUACGAGACUGGAUCCAUCAGGCCUCGCGCUAUCGGCGGCAGCAAGCCCAGGGUUGCCACCCCCCCUGUAGUAAAUAAGAUUGCCGAGUACAAGCGGGAAUGUCCCUCCAUUUUCGCCUGGGAGAUUCGUGACCGGCUCUUGUCCGAAGGGGUCUGCAAUAAUGACAAUAUCCCCAGCGUGUCGUCCAUCAACCGGGUGCUGCGCAACCUAGCCGCCCAGAAGGAACAGGCGGCGGCAGCCGCAGCGGCGCAGGCUGCGGUCUCCGGCCCGGAGUCCGUGUACGACAAGCUGCGGAUGCUCAACGGACAGCCCUGGCCAUGGUACCCGCCUGGAACUCACUUGGCUGCAGCUGCAGCUGCAGGGAUGCCUCAGACGGGAGGCCCUGGUUUGACACCCCCUAGUCCUGUGGGUCCUCUCGGCCAUGCAGCAGUGCCGGGGACUCAGGUGUCGACGGCGGCAGCCCUGGUAGGAGCUGUUUGUGGAGGUGUUACGGUGCCUCACCACAACGGGGAUGACGUUCCUGCUUCGAAAAAAGAAGGCGCAGUGGACGGAACUUCGGACGGCAAUUCAGACAACAGUUCCUCGUGCGACGAAGACUCUCAACUGCGCAUGCGCCUCAAACGCAAGCUACAGCGCAACCGCACAUCCUUUACCAACGACCAGAUCGACGCUCUGGAGAAAGAGUUCGAGCGUACCCAUUAUCCCGACGUGUUCGCGCGGGAGAAACUAGCCGAGAAGAUAUCUUUGCCAGAAGCACGAAUACAGGUGUGGUUUUCCAACCGGCGGGCCAAGUGGCGGCGAGAAGAGAAGCUGAGGAGCCAGCAGAGCAGUCAUCACCAGCAACACCAGCAGCAGCACAGCAGGUCCAGGACACUGGGGGACGCUUCGUCAUCGCCUACUGCUGUCGUCAGUCCGUCGUCAGGGAGGCUUCCACUCAAUGGCACCUUUGCUGGGUAUCCGGGUCUGGGACAGCCCAUGGCUGCAGCGGCAGCGGCAGCAGCAGCUAUGACCGACUCCUACAGGUACAGCCCAAUGGCCCCAGUAUCCAAUAUGGGACCGAGUCCGUGUCUGCAGCAGCGUGACGCGGCAGCCUCUUACUCGUAUAUGUUGCACGACACCCUGAGCCUGGGCGCAUACUCAUCCAGAGCUUCAGCGCCGGCACAGGGUUUGAGUGGAGGCCAUCCUGCCUACGCCGUCAGCGGGGCCAGCCCACACAGCACAGCUGCCGGUGUGAUCUCGCCGGGCGUGACGGUGCCUGUGCAAGUCCCAGGCCAGACGGCUGACUUGUCCGUACCCUCCAACUAUUGGGCACGGCUACAGUGACAUUGGCCCCUGGCUGGGUACCCGACGACCCACUUCGGCCACACAGCCAGGGCCUAUGCAGCUAACCAGGAACACCCAAAGAACUGACCGGAAACAUGCUGCUGACACAACACUGUCCACUUGCUGUUCAGUGUCCAUCCCCUGCGUGGUGCUGCUCACCCUUACUGAUAUCUUUGCGUUGUGGCCUGUUGCACGCCCUCAAGGAAGGCUGGCAUCAUCCACUGAAAACUUCGAGCUGGGACUUUUUGUGGUUUUUAGUUAUUUCUUUUCAUUCUUGGUCUUUACAGGGGCUAAACUAGCUCCUAUGGGGGCAUUGGUGGGAAAUGUUGGAUCAGUGGAAACUAGAUACUGUCAUGCACUGAUGUAAAAAUGAAUUUCUAAUUUCAAAGAGAUCUACAGUCUCUGUACCACCAAGAAGUGUAUAUACUGCUGUCAUCUUCCAUUUAUGCUUAGGUCUGAAUGAUUCCAGCACAGCCGCCCAUGUGAGGUACAGCAUUCUGAUACGUGCAAAAGUUUCAAGUUCCUCAAUAGGUUACUCGAAAUUGAACACCCAUGGCACACCUUACAAAUCAAAAUCUUGCAUGUCCUGCGAAUGUCAUGCAAUGGUAACAUCUCCUGGUUCUUCAAAAAUUAGCAAUCCUCUCGCCAACAUUGCUGGAACUCAAGCACAAGAGACUAAUUUAGAAUUUUGCAGUGCUUCUCUGAAAGAAUGCAACAGCACUGAGAACAAAGCUAACAGUCAUAAAGGUCACAUGGCUAGAUAUCAAGUUUCUGUUCCUUGCAAGCACUGCAUGGAUACAAGUGUCAGUGACAUAGUCGCAGCAGUUUUCUGAAGCAGUGAUGUGAACAUAGUGUAUUCAACACUUGAGAAACAGACUGAUACCACACCUUGUAUGUAUACUCCCAGCUUAGGAUGUCAAACAAUGACGGAAGGCAUCUUUGCUGCGAGUAAGGUGUGUAUGAAACCUCUGAAAACUUGCAAGGUACUGUGUGAUUGUAGUUGAGGGGGGAUUGAGUGCAUCUCGAAUCAAACUGUGCAUUUCAGUUCUGCAUUAUACAAAGUGAUCCACUUGAAAUCUCGCACUAGACAUCACUUGGACAUUUUCAAUCCUGAAUCCUGUUUCAUGCAUGUUAGUUAUUUUUGUGCAUUUGUUUCUGUGCAUGCAUAGAUGCACAUCUAUGCAUUUGUUCACUAGAUACUUUCUCAUCUUUUAUAAUGGGCAUAGACUUCCAAGACAGCGUUAAGUUUAAGCUAGAACACCUGGUACCUGGCAAAUUUUUCUCUUUCACACUAAUCAAAUUUCAUUUAAGACUACUAGCAAUUUUUGUAAGAGUGUUUCUCAUUCGUGCACGAAACUUUAAUUUCACAGCCAUACGGCACUGCUUGUUCAUUCACUGUUGUCUCAUCAAGACAAAUUCACAGACUUUGUGGCAGUUAGCCAAAACAAUGAAAAAAAGAAAAAAGUUGAUCUGACCUGGCAACCAACAACAUUUGAAUCGUGAGCUUUCAUUUGACCAUAUAUGUUCUUGGCUUUAUUUUUCAACUUAUUCACGGAAAAAGUGCUCAAAAUCUGCAAACUUUCUCAAACGAAUAGCGAUGCACAUAAAAAUAAUCAUUUUCAAAGCUUUGUUAAUUUAACAAAUGCUCUUGAUGAAACACUGAGUUUGUGUAGGACCAGUCUAGGUGUAACUAUUUAUGUCCAUUUUACAGUGUUGUUAUUGCCUUUUCCCAAAUGUCAACAUUUUUUUUUACAAACUGUGAUUUCCCCAUACAUGUCACAGCAAUCUUGCAACGGCAAACCCUUCGUGUUCUAGUCAAUUUUAGUUGUUGAAAUUGCCUUGUUGAAAUGUGUGGCACAUGCAUCCAUUGUUUUCUCCUUUGUUGCAGUGUUAUUCCAAUCACAAUGUUAACCAGUUUUGCAAACUCCUAGUUUAUUGGAACACAGUUGAACUGGACAUGCCUUGUACAAUUGCCAACAUAACCACUCAGACAGAUCAAACUUCCUAUAAAAACGAAAAGUUAUUAUGCGAGAAAAUGGUGUCCAACCUCUUCAGUUUGUUUUCUUUUCAACAAAAUUUCUGUUUCUGUGUGACCCAGAACUCUUUGGCCUCCUUGUAAAACACUGUGUGUAUAAAGUUGUUGAACAAACCACACUUAAGAUGUAAUGCAAACAACAAAUGGAAUUGUUGGAACUUUACAGCCAAGACUAGUGGAAAUAAAAAAAAAAGCUCUUUUUGAA